GGGUACAUGGAAAACUCAAUUUCCUACAGUGCUAUUGAAGAUGUUCAACUGCUGUCCUGGGAGAAUGCCCCUAAGUACUGUUUACAACUCACAAUCCCAGGGGGUACUGUCUUACUGCAGGCUGCAAACAGUUACCUGAGGGAUCAGUGGUUCCAUUCUUUGCAGUGGAAGAAAAAGAUUUACAAGUACAAGAAGGUGCUCAGUAACCCCAGCCGCUGGGAGGUGGUGUUGAAGGAGAUCAGGACACUGGUGGACAUGGCGCUGACGUCUCCACUUCAGGAUGACUCUAUUCACCAAGCACCACUGGAGAUUGUCUCAAAACUGCUCUCAGAGAACAACAACUUAACCACUCAAGACCACGAGAGCAUUAUUGUGGCAAUUGCACCUUUGCUGGAGAACAAUCAUCCUCCUCCUGACCUCUGUGAAUUCUUCUGCAAGCAUUGCCGAGAGCGCCCGCGGUCCAUGGUUGUGAUAGAAGUGUUCACACCAGUGGUACAGAGGAUUCUCAAACACAACAUGGAUUUUGGGAAGUGCCCUCGGUUGCGGCUGUUUACUCAGGAGUAUAUUCUGGCUUUGAAUGAGCUGAAUGCUGGAAUGGAGGUGGUGAAGAAGUUUAUCCAUAGCAUGCAUGGUCCGACUGGACAAUGCCCCCAUCCCAGGGUCCUGCCAAAUCUUGUAGCUGUCUGCUUAGCAGCCAUUUAUUCAUGUUAUGAGGAAUUUAUCAACAGUCGAGACAAUUCGCCGAGCCUGAAGGAAAUCCGGAAUGGCUGCCAGCAGCAGUGUGACCGAAAGCCCAAUCUCCCCCUCCGCCUCCUCCACACCAGUCCUGACCUGGUCUCUCAAGAGGCCACCUUGACUGAAUCCCGUCUCAAACCAGUUAUUGUCACUUCAAGUGAGAUCCACGUGGAAGUGGAGCGUAACAACACCGCUAAUCAGAAGAUGACAGCCAACAUUGGCAAUGACAGCGAGCCCAACCUGAUUGACUGCUUGAUGGUCAGUCCUACCUGCAGCACCAUGAGCAUUGAGCUGAGUGCCCAGGCAGACAGGAUCCUUGGCUGUUAUGUGGAAAUACUCAAGAUGCUGUCAGACUAUGAUGACUGGAGACCAGCCCUGGCCAGCUUGCUUCAACCUAUCCCAUUCCCCAAGGAGGCUCUUGCACAUGAGAAAUUCACAAAGGAGCUGAAAUAUGUGAUUCAGAGAUUUGCAGAAGAUCCGAGGCAAGAAGUCCACUCAUGUUUGCUGAGUGUGAGGGCUGGUAAAGACGGCUGGUUCCAGCUCUACAGCCCUGGAGGAGUGGCAUGUGAUGAUGAUGGAGAGCUGUUUGCCAGUAUGGUAUGUGUCUGCAAUAAUGUUCAUAUUUUAAUGGGAUCCUGUUAUAAAACUAAGAAGUUCCUGCUCUCACUGGCUGAAAAUAAAUUAGGACCUUGCAUGCUACUGGCUUUGAGAGGAAACCAGACGAUGGUAGAGAUUUUGUGUUUGAUGCUGGAAUACAACAUCAUUGAUAAUAAUGACACCCAGCUCCAGAUCAUCUCUACCCUGGAAAGCACAGACGUGGGAAAGAGAAUGUAUGAACAGCUGUGUGACAGGCAGAGGGAGUUAAAAGAGCUGCAAAGAAAAGGUGGUCCUACAAGAUUAACACUGCCAUCCAAGUCCACAGAUGCAGACCUGGCCCGCUUGCUAAGCUCGGGAUCUUUUGGAAAUCUGGAAAACCUCAGCCUGGCCUUUACCAACGUGACAAGUGCUUGUGCUGAGCACCUCAUUAAACUGCCUUCACUCAAGCAGCUGAACCUGUGGUCAACUCAGUUCGGAGACGCGGGGCUGCGGCUCCUGUCGGAACACCUGACCAUGCUGCAGGUGCUCAACCUCUGCGAGACGCCCGUCACGGACGCUGGGCUGCUGGCACUGAGCUCCAUGAAGAGCCUGUGUAGUUUAAAUAUGAACAGCACCAAACUUUCAGCAGAUACCUACGAAGAUCUCAAGGCUAAACUACCCAAUCUGAAAGAAGUGGACGUCCGCUACACUGAAGCAUGGUGAACUCUCCCUUCCUCUGACUCUUUUACUUCUCCCGAGAAGGAAAAGAUUUUUAAAACAAACAGAAACAUGAAAAAUAACUUUUGGCUAAUUCCUGUAGAGCAGUGAGUCCUGGGACUUGGUGGUAGGAGUCGUGGUUGUGGGAUAGAGGAGUGGUGUUGUGUGUGUCGGGGGGACGGGGCAAGCCUGGACCCAGCCAGAUUCUUUCAGCUUUGUGAUUUCAGAAUCAAGACAAUUUAAAUUGAAAAAGGAAAAAA